CGCAGAGCUUGAAUCAACGGGACAUCCUACUCAUACAACGAAAAUAGUUAAAAUGCAUAAAUGAAAUACACAGAAUACCAAAAAUACAAAUGAGAACUUUCAGAUACUUUAAGUUACAAAGAAAUGUCCAGUGAAGACGACCUACAACUCCUUGACCAGCAGUUGGAUUCUCGCCUUCAGCGUCUCCAAGACUUAUGGAUAUCAUCCAACAAUGAACUUGUUACAACUCAGCAGAGAGUUUCCCAAGCAUCACACAGAGAACCAGAAGACUGCCUGAGCAGGACCAGUGAGACUAUUACUUGUCAAAAGUUCCACCAAAAAUAUACUGUAGAAGAGACAUUGAAUCAAAGAGAUGCUGUCAGCAAUACAACUGCCCCUUUUUUACAUGGAGAUCAAAACACUUGCACUGAAAAUGCAGAGCAUCUCUAUGGAGAUACAAAAGUAACUCAAGAGGAGUACCAGCCAUCAGUUUAUAUAGAAAAUGAUAAAACUUGUAGCACAGAACAACAGAAUAUAACUGAGAUAAAAAAGAGACAGUUCUCCACAUCUGUUGUAGAAAACUCUAAUGAGCACGUUAUUGGAGAAAAGCAGGAAGCCACAGAUGAUCUCCUUGAAGAAGGGGAAGAAAAUGCCAUAUUUGAUGAGUUUCUGGACCAGUCAACAAGGUACAGGAUAAGUUCAUUGUGUAAGAAAGUGACCCAUCUCAAUGGAACCAUCAGUGUGCUACAGGAAGAGUGUAAAAGACUGUCAAGUGCCAAGAAGGAAGCCUGCACCAAAGCUCACACUGCUGAGACAGAGAGGAGGACCUUGAACAAACAGGUGCUUCUUCUACAGCAGCAGACCACCAAACUCCAAAAGUCCAAUAAGCAGCUUCAAGAUCGUGUUCAGGAGCUGAAUAUUGAAUGCCAAGGAUUGCGGAAGGAACUUUCAAGUUAUCAGCAUAGUGAGAGUGAGCAUCGCAGCAGUCAGUCAUCUUUCCAAGCCCAACUUACACGAGCUCAUUCAGAAAAUGCUUCCUUGCGUGAGCAGAUAUCUACACUGAAAAACAGGCACAAGGAAGAACUAGAUCAGCUGAGAACAGCCUUAGGAAGUAGCAAUAGCAAGGUAAAAGAGUUGGAGAGACAGCAGAGGAACAUGAGUGCUUUGGUUAAGAAGCAGGACAAGCUUAUUGGAGUUAUUAAUGAGCAGAAAAACAAUUUAGCAGCAGCCAAAGCAGCAGCAGGGCUAGAGGAGAAAUUUUUAAACAUCAUCACACCACUACAGCCUCCAUAGAUUUUACUUUGUAAUAUAUUCAUAAGAAAGAAUAGGGACAUAGAAUAAUCUGUUCAUAGUGCCUUUGUCUUCUGUAGAAUCUUCUUUUACCCCAUUUUUCUAGAAUGAGAAGAGCUAAGACAGAUUGAAUAGGCUAGGGUUUUAUUCCUGCUUUCUUCUGUUUCUUGGAAGUGAACUAGAUCUCCACUUCUUCUUGUUCUUCCCUUCUUUUUCAUUCUUUUUUUCUUCACAAAGCAAAACAAAGAUUAUCUUUAACUCAUUAUAACUUUAGAAAUAUCUUGCCUUGGUGGCUAUCAUUGUACCCAUUCACUGGCUUUAAGAUUUGCAUUGAAUCUAUAUAUGAUAAUAGAAAAGAACAGAAUAUAUCAAUAACUUAGCCAUAGACCAAGAAAACUUAGUCUGGGACCUCCUGAAUAGCAACCAAAAGUUACAGAAAUUUUCCAAUAAAGGAAAUAGGUAUGGUCUCCCCAAUGUUGAUGAAUGGCAUUAUAUAAAAAUAAUUAUAUCACUUUGUUUUGAGGAUGUUGGAUGAAAAGUUUGUUUUUUUUCAUCAUCAGUAAAAUAAAUGGACACAUGUGAGUUAAUUUAUUUGAAAGUGUAAGCCCGUCUAUACAAUUAAGCAGUGUUGUUAGACUUUGUCCAUCAUAAUGCAUUGUCUGAAGGCACACUUAUACUGUCUAUACAGAAUUCAAUCAAAUAUGAGUUGGAGUGAGAGUAGGUGCUUGAUGGGGUUAUGUCUGAUAAGAUAACCAUGGCUUGUAACAAGAAGGAUCUUGUAAAGUUUUAUAAUUAUUUUGGUCAAUAUCUAAGUAACUAACAAUAAUGUCCCUAAAGUAAAUUUCUUACACUACUGGUCACAGUCUGGUGAAUUAGCCUAAGUUCCAGCACAAGCACUAUGCUGAUUUAUCUGCAGAUACAAGUAACAAGCCUGUGCCUGUAAAUACUACUCAGUCAGACUUAAACUGUGUAGUAUUGCAAUAAUAGUGCUUUUGUUUAUACAGUUUCUUGAAUCCCCUGAAUGCUAAAAGUGUGAAAUUUAAACCACCAAUUUCAACUUCCUAUUUUACCCUAUAAAAUAAAAUAAAAGUGGUACGACUUUCAUGAUAGUUGUUACAACAUACUUGCUUUCAAAGUCUAUACUAUAUACUGAAUAUAUUGUUUAAUGUACAAUAGUCAGUAAGUAUGUUGAUAUUUUCUGCAUUCAAUUUAAUCCAGAAUAUGGAUAAUUGUUCUCAUAAACUUAAGCACGCAUGCCAAAGCAGUUUUUGUUAUUGUUUUAUGCUCAUCCUGUUUCUGUUUCCAUUUACUAUAGUGCUACAUGACCUUAGAUGUCUAGCACAUUUAUUUUGCUUUUAACCAUUAACCAUUAACCUGUUCCUGUUUACUAUUCAGCCUAAACUUCCACAUCUUAAAGAAGUAUAAGGCUCCACUAAGGCACUCUUAUCAAAUUAGGACAGAACUUUGCAAAGAUUUAAAUUUUUGUGUCUAGCUCCAACUUUCAUGCAGGAAGUGACAACUUACCAUAGCUCUUUAUAGACUUGUAUCACAAGCAGUCAUAUCUCUAUAAGAGAAAUAUGAAAACUUAUGACAUAUUGACACCUACUCUACAGGAGGCACAAACACAAAUAUUCUCCAGUACACCAGUAUUCUUUCAAACCAUUACAGACACUUCCAAAUAAACUCUCCCCCCAUCCCUUGCCCAUUGUUGUUGUUGGGGAGGGCUUAGAAGGACAGAGACUAGGUCCCAAUGCUGGGGAUCACCCCUACCUUGGGCCUCAGUCCUCAACUCAACUAAUUUUGCACUGUCUUUCCUUCUCCUUUCCAUUUCCUUCCCUUCAGUGUGAGAGCUGUGUUGAAAGGAUGAAAGGCUGACUUUGUGCCAGUCAUGAAUGGCCUGAGGGGUGAAUUGUUUCUCUCCCUACCUUACCAUGCUUACCAUGACCAGUAAUGAAGAUUUUGUAUCCCUAUUAGGGGCAAUGAGGCAUGCCCCUUUAUCAUCUAGCCCCACUAUCUUUAUAAUCCUCCUGGUUCCCCAACCCCAGGUUCUCUUUGGACCACAAUUGAACACAGCUACUACUACCCCUUCUUCAGUGCCUACUAUCACCUCAGUCCAGUCCAAAGCAUCCACCUCAACUUCCAGAAAACAUGAUCUUCCCCCAUGAAGUUUAUAUUGGUAGAGAGUUCCUCCCUUUCUGACCAUAUCAACCUCCCUCACAUCAGUGUCAGAAUUGUUGGCAUCUAGGCCACCUUGCCAAACACUGCAGUUCCACAGCCUGAUGCCCUCCAUGUUCUCACCCUGGUCAUAAUUGAUUAACCUGCUCUAUACAGUCAUGCACGUGUGUCAAUUGUGGUGGAACUCAUAACGAAUUUUACAAGGGCUGCCCUGCUUACAAGUUUAGGUCUGGGGUGGUGAUCCUCAAAUUCAAACUUAGCCCCACUUUACAUGAGGCCAGACAGGAAGCAUGUCAACAAGGUCUUUCUCUUACUCCCUACUUCAGUGCUGCGCUUCACUCCGCUCCACCUCCAUCUUCCCAAGCUUUUUCUACACCCUUCUCCUACUCAUGCUCCCCUACACCCCUUCCUCCCACUCCCUUCCAACACCAUUUCUCUCCUGUUUCAUCUGCUUCCUUCUCUGUUAUGCCUUCUGCUUCCCUUAGGUUACACAUGUGACUGUCACAACAACCCCCUUCUCAGGAUUCUCUUCCUCCUGACAUUUCUCCUGAAACUGGGAUCUAAUUGCCCUUUAACCCCCGUCUCGUUUUGCUAAUCCCAAGCUUACUCUAUAGUGCAAAAUCCCAUGCUUCUUUUGACAACUUUGAUGUAGUCACUCUUGUUAAUCCACAUCUACACACCCUCUCUACCCUCACCCCUCUGCCCCUUUCAGUGCCAUUCUAUUCUGAACUGCUAUACUACUUUUGAUAUGUACCACAUUUAAUCAUCCACUACCCUUUUCACUGCUACACCUUUCAAUAGCGUUAUAUGCCCUUUCAUGUCUAGCACAUAUAUUUUGCUUUGUAACCAUUAACCAUUCCAAAUAAACUCACUUUUUUCAAGUACUACCUGAAUAAACAAACCUCCUACAUUAUAUAAAUAACUGUAACCCAAACAGACUCCUACAAUGCACCAUUUAACCCAAUGCCACCGGGGAAAAUGAAUAAAAAAAAUUGGAAAAUGCUGUGCUCAUUUUUUAUAUUUUUUUGUGAAAUGUCUCUACACAUAGAUGGCUCUGCUAGUGCUUAGCCACAAAGGAGUCAAUUAGUUGAGCUUGUAACCUUACCUGAUUUGAAUUGGCAGGAAAAAUGUGUUUUUUACUAGUGCUAUGAAUGUCAGUGGUGUAAUUUUUAUUAUGAUUAUAAUUACUAUAAUGUUAUAAACGUUAGUAAUAGCAAAAUAAGAUAUUGUAAAAUAUUUUCGUAAAUCGAAGAAAAGGGUAAAUGGGCGAGACAGGCAGUACUCGUAAUUGGCUCAUUGGUGACUUAGUGUAGCCAUCUAUGUGUAAAAACAAUUAAACAAGUAAGCUCACAGUGGGCAUGGCAUACACGUACACAUCAUGCCCAUCAGCAUUAUUUUAACAACAAACCUUAAACCCACCAAUUAUCUUAGUAAGUGAUGUGAGCCGUAUAUGGAGCCCAGCUCUAUAUAAGGAGCAUUUCUGAUCCCUGAGUCCCUGUUGUAUGAGUGGAUUGACCUUUGACCAUUGCAAUAUCAAAUUAUUAUAUUCACAAUGUGAAUAAUGUUGUAUAUUAUGUCUACAGAUGAGACAUUUGUUGAAGCUAGUCAUAUAUGUAAGAUAUAUUAUUUAGAAGAGAUGAAAUUAUAUUUUAUGAAAUCUGAUACUUUCACAUACUAUAGAGUAUCUUUUGAUAUUUUGAUUCAUAUUAAUAAAAUGAUAGAAAACCAAGUAAA